UGGGUGUGGUGGGGACGACUGUCAAAGAGUGUGAGUUGGAAGGAAAGUGAAAUAGGAUACCCUUUAGUGGGGACAGUACAGGAGUGCAAACGUGUAGGACGUGGGAUAGAGUCUCAAGGCAGUGUAGAGCCUACGCCGGUCCAUCUUUAAUCAAUUUCAUUUUCUUAUUAUUUAAAUCAAAGAGCGGUUAGUCCGUUUCCCCUCACAAAUAUGUAGGAGAUUGGCAGCUGCUCAGGAAGCGGCGCUAGCGAGACAAGGCUCCACAAGCGGGGAGCACAAGGAGGGCGAUUGCUUAGCUGAUACAAUGGGCGCCAAGAAAAAGAAGAAGGGUCUGCCUCCGCCCGGGGAAAGGCCCACUUCAUUGUUUAUCCUGACUGAGGAUAAUCCAAUUAGAAAGUACACACAAUUUAUUAUCGAAUGGUUGCCCUUCGAGUAUGCUGUGUUAUUGACAAUCAUUGCCAACUGUGUAGUGCUAGCUCUGGAGGAGCAUUUGCCGAACGGGGACAGAACCAUAUUGUCUCAAAACUUGGAAAAAACGGAGGCCUACUUUUUGUGCAUAUUCUGUGUGGAAGCUUCGCUCAAGAUCAUAGCCUUAGGGUUUGUGCUCCACGAACACUCCUACCUCAGAAAUAUAUGGAACAUUAUGGAUUUUUUCGUUGUAGUGACGGGGUUCAUCACAAUGUUCCCAAUACCGGGCGUCGAGGUAGAUCUUAGAACAUUAAGGGCCAUUCGUGUUCUACGGCCCCUAAAAUUAGUGUCUGGAAUUCCUAGUUUACAAGUAGUUUUAAGUUCAAUAAUAAAAGCAAUGGCGCCGUUGAUCCAGAUUGGACUCUUGGUGUUGUUUGCAAUUGUCAUAUUCGCAAUUAUCGGAUUGGAAUUCUAUUGUGGCAAUCUACACAAAAGUUGUUAUAGUUUAGACGAUAUAAGUAUAAUUAUUAAGGAAGGUGAUAUGCCCACACCUUGUAAUUCGGAAAACGUAACAGAAGCCCCAACUGGUGCCUACAUAUGUAACCAAAAUGAGAGCAUCUGUAUAGAACAGUGGGAAGGACCGAACUUCGGCAUUACCAGCUUCGAUAAUAUUGGUUUUGCCAUGCUGACAGUAUUUCAGUGCAUAACUAUGGAAGGCUGGACCGCAAUACUGUAUUGGACCAACGAUGCAUUAGGUUCAACGUUCAAUUGGAUCUAUUUCGUGCCUCUUAUAGUAUUGGGAUCAUUCUUUAUGCUCAACUUGGUUCUUGGUGUUCUCAGUGGUGAAUUUGCGAAAGAACGAGAAAAAGUUGAGAAUCGUCAAGAAUUCCUAAAGCUUCGACGCCAGCAACAGCUAGAAAGAGAGCUCAAUGGUUACGUUGAGUGGAUCUGUAAAGCUGAGGAAGUAAUCUUAGCUGAGGAAAGAACAACUGAGGAGGAAAAAAUGUACAUAAUGGAAGCUCGGAGGCGCGCUGCAGCGAAACGGAAAAAACUCAAAAACUUGGGAAAAUCCAAAUCAACAGAUACUGAAGAAGAGGAAGCUGACGAAGACUGCGCUGAUGACGGUUAUUUAAAAACAAAAGUGAAAUCACAAGGCAGUUGUCAGGGAUUCUGGAGAGCUGAGAAGAGAUUUCGGUUCUGGAUACGACACACAGUGAAGACACAAUGGUUCUAUUGGUUCGUUAUUGUUCUUGUAUUCCUCAAUACGGUUUGUGUUGCUGUGGAACACUAUGGACAACCACAAUGGUUAACAUCAUUCCUCUAUUACGCUGAGUUUGCCUUUUUGGCACUCUUCAUGAUGGAAAUGUGGAUCAAGGUAUACGCCCUUGGUCCUCGGAUCUACUUUGAAUCAUCGUUUAAUCGCUUCGACUGUGUCGUGAUCAGCGGUUCGAUAUUUGAAGUGAUCUGGUCCGAGGUCAAGGGCGGUUCGUUUGGGCUGUCGGUGCUGCGAGCUUUGCGUCUGCUGCGGAUCUUCAAGGUGACAAAGUACUGGUCGUCGCUGCGCAAUCUGGUGAUAUCACUCCUCAACUCGAUGAGAUCCAUCAUCUCACUGUUGUUCCUGCUCUUCUUGUUCAUCCUCAUAUUUGCAUUGCUCGGAAUGCAACUCUUUGGUGGUCAGUUCAACUUUCCAGAAGGUACACCCCCAACAAACUUCAACACAUUUUCCAUAGCACUUCUCACAGUCUUCCAAAUCUUAACUGGUGAAGAUUGGAAUGAGGUCAUGUAUCAAGGUAUAGAGGCUCAUGGUGGACACAAAAAGGGAAUGAUUUUUUCACUGUAUUUUAUCAUACUUGUGAUAUUUGGUAAUUAUACUCUGCUGAAUGUGUUCUUGGCUAUCGCCGUCGAUAAUUUGGCUAAUGCCCAAGAAUUAACGGCAGCUGAAGAGGGGCAAGUGGAGGAAGAUAAAGAGAAACAAUUGCAAGAGCUCGAGAAGGAAAUGGAAGCAAUUCAGGUGCCAGAUGGCUCAUCUCCUGCAGCUGAUGCAGGCGCAUCUUCACCAACGCACAAUAAUAAUAAAAAGGAAGAUGAAAAGAAAGAAGAAGAAGAAAUAACGGAUGGACCUAAACCAAUGCUUCCAUAUUCUUCGAUGUUUAUUCUUUCGCCAACAAAUCCUAUUCGACGGGCGGCACAUUGGGUAGUAAAUUUACAUUAUUUUGAUUUCUUCAUCAUGGUCGUUAUUUCAUUGUCAUCAAUUGCUCUGGCAGCAGAAGAUCCGGUAGAAGAGCAUUCUCCACGAAAUAAAAUUCUAAAUUACUUUGAUCAUGUCUUUACGGGCGUCUUCGCUAUAGAAAUGAUACUAAAAGUUGUAGAUUUAGGUGUAAUACUGCAUCCGGGCAGUUAUUUAAGAGAAUUCUGGAAUGUUAUGGACGCCGUCGUGGUCAUUUGUGCUGCUGUGAGUUUUGCAUUCGAAGGAAGCGCAGCAGGGCAAAAUUUAUCAACUAUCAAAUCACUAAGAGUACUUCGGGUCCUUCGUCCACUAAAAACAAUCAAACGUGUUCCAAAGCUAAAGGCUGUUUUCGAUUGCGUCGUAAAUUCGCUCAAAAAUGUUAUAAGUAUUUUAAUUGUGUACAUAUUGUUUCACUUCAUUUUUGCUGUAAUUGCUGUGCAAUUGUUCAAUGGAAAGUUCUUCUUUUGUACGGAUGAAAGUAAACAUACUCCAGAGGAGUGCAAGGGUUCAUAUUUUGUGUUCGACCGUGACGAACAGUUACCACGAAGGGAAGCUCGGAUAUGGACUACACAAAGCUUUCACUACGAUAACGUGGCGACAGCAAUGUUAACGCUUUUUGCUGUUCAAACUGGUGAAGGAUGGCCUCAGGUGCUUCAAAAUUCCAUGGCCGCCACCUACGAGGAUAAGGGUCCAAUACAAAAUUUCCGCAUUGAAAUGUCCAUUUUUUAUAUCGUGUACUUCGUAAUUUUUCCAUUCUUCUUCGUUAACAUUUUCGUGGCCUUGAUUAUCAUCACAUUCCAGGAGCAAGGCGAAGCUGAGCUGCAGGACGGCGAAAUAGAUAAGAAUCAGAAAUCAUGUAUAGACUUUACUAUAGGAGCUCGUCCACUUCAACGAUAUAUACCAAAUAAUAGAAGUGGUUUUAAAUACAAAGUGUGGCGAAUUGUUGUAUCAACACCAUUUGAAUACUUCAUCAUGAUGCUCAUUGUCUUCAAUACGCUGUUGCUCAUGAUGAAGUAUCAUCAACAAAGCAAAAGCUUUGAAAACUCACUAACGUAUCUCAACAUGGUCUUUACGGGAAUGUUCAGCGUUGAAACUGUUCUCAAAAUUAUUGGAUUUGGUGUGAAGAAUUUUUUCAAGGAUCCUUGGAAUAUUUUUGAUUUAAUAACUGUGAUUGGGAGUAUAAUUGAUGCCCUCGUGAUAGUAAAAGGAGAAGAGAAUGCUUUCAACGUUGGAUUUUUGCGACUUUUCCGUGCUGCACGAUUGAUAAAACUUUUGAGACAAGGAUACACGAUACGAAUACUUCUCUGGACAUUCGUUCAAUCCUUCAAGGCUUUGCCGUACGUCUGCUUGCUCAUCGCGAUGCUAUUCUUCAUUUAUGCCAUUAUCGGAAUGCAGGUAUUCGGAAAUAUUGCACUAGAUCCAGGAACUGCCGUAACGAGACACAACAACUUCCGUUCAUUCAUACAAGGAUUAAUGUUGCUAUUCAGGUGUGCUACAGGAGAGUCGUGGCCGAAUAUAAUGUUAGCCUGCCUCAAAGGAAGGCCAUGUGAUGAACGAGCUGAUAAAAAGCCCCACGAAACAUGUGGAUCAUCUCUGUCUUAUGCAUACUUCGUGUCCUUCAUAUUCUUCAGUUCGUUCUUGAUGUUGAAUUUGUUUGUUGCCGUUAUCAUGGACAAUUUCGAUUAUCUAACGAGAGAUUCAAGUAUUCUUGGUGCUCACCAUCUGGAUGAAUUUGUGCGCAUUUGGGCGGAAUAUGAUCCAAAUGCUACGGCAAAAAUUCAUUACACGGAGAUGUACGAUAUGCUAAAAAACAUGGAUCCUCCUUUGGGAUUUGGCAACAAAUGUCCCAAUAGUCUCGCAUAUAAAAGAUUAAUAAGAAUGAAUAUGCCAGUUGACGCAGAUGGAAAAGUAAAUUUCACCACGACACUAUUUGCACUCAUUCGGGAAAAUCUGAACAUCAAAAUGAGAUCAGCUGAUGAAAUGGACCAAGCUGAUGAGGAACUACGAGAGACGAUACAACACAUUUGGCCAUUGCAAGCUAAGAAAAUGCUGGACUUGCUGGUACCACCAAAAGACAUGCUAAAUCAGGGAAAAUUGACUGUGGGUAAAAUAUACGGGGGACUUUUUAUUCUGGAUUCAUGGAGAAGUACGCGGUUCGGUCGAACUACUUCAGGAAUUCCGGCACUUGAACUACAAGAUGUUGCAUCGAGGCACCCUUCUAUGGAAUCCCUUACGGGUGAUGGUCUUCUUCAUCCUGGACAUCCGUACAACGGUCACAGAAGAUCUCCCAGUUUACGUGUGGGAUCACCGUUGAUACGGACUCCCAGUCCAAGAAGAAGAGGCCAUUCCUUCCACCACGACAUUGGAUUCUCGGAUACAGUGUCCAAUGUCGUGGAUAUCGUAAAGGGUGAUCGAGGCAGACGAUACUAUGGACCAAGAUCUCGAUAUACUAGAGGUUCAUGGUCAGCGUCGACGAGUCCCGCUAGAUCUCCGUCACCAGCCCGAAAUGGUCCCCACGGGGAUGCUGCCCACCGUCGGAAUCGCCGCAACUAUCUUCAGUAUCAGUAUCAGUGUCCCUUGUAUGGGACAACAAAUCUAUGUCAGAGGUCACGUUCACCGAGUCCCGCUCGACUGAAGGAGAUGCGUGACCGAUAUAGACUUUUGGACGAUGAAAUGGGAGGGACACAUCAUGUUCAACUUAGUUAUCCAGUUCUUGUGCCUGGACGUCGUCAGUUGCCUCCUAUACCGUCUAAACCAACGACUUUACAACUAAAGACAACCAAUAUAAACUUCCCCAAACUAAGUGCUAGCCCUACACAUAAUUAUUUUCAGAACUUUCAUUCGACACCUCAUAGUGUUCAUUCGCUGCCACAUCCUAGGGAUUUCCCCCGCGAUCAACGGGAAUUUUACUACGCGGGCCGCGAACGCGAACGACUGAGACAUGGUCGUGAUUACGAUUUGAGGUACGAGUUUCGAGAUAAAGAACGUGAAAGAUAUGAGUUAGAAGUAGAACGGGAACGAGAGCAAGAAAGAGAAAUUGAAAGAGAGAGAGAAAGAUUGGAGUAUCACGCUCCGUUGUCAUUUGAACAAGCCUUAGCGAUAGGCAGAACUGGCAGAGCACUUCCAUCACCCGUCCUCAAUGGCUACAAGCCAAAAGGUGGCCUCCAUGCACGCCACUCCGACUCCGACGAAGAGGACUGGUGCUAGCAGAGGCUGAUAAGGCACAGCAACAGUAGGGAACAAAUAUGGGUCUAACGGUGCGUAUCGUCGCCGUAACUCCGUGUAAGAUCAUCAUUAAAUGUAAGAGGAUAACAACAAAAUCACACACUUUUUUGAAAUAGACACAAACAUAAAUCCAUUUUCAAAAGAACGUACCAUUAAGAAUCAACUAACCGCCACAUACAAAUUGAUCGAUAGGCUUUUAAAUUUUUGUCACUGUAAAACCAAAAUAAGAGAAGCUGUACUUCUAUUGCAAACCAACCAAUCAUAAAGAAGUAGAAAAGUCACUAAAAAGUCUUUCUAAAGUUAGAGAGUUUGUGAUUCUGUCAUUGUCAAUUAUUGAAUUAGUAAAUCACUUCGAAUACUUUCUUUGGUGAGAAACAACGAAAUUUAGUUAAUAUACUUUAAUUAAUUAUGAUGAAGAAAACGGCAAAGAAUACCGCUGAUGAGGAAAGACAUGUUUAGCGUUAACUAACUCUGCGAAACCCACCUCUCACUGCUCUUGAAUUAUAUCACUACGGCUAUCAAUUUUGUUAUGUACUGUGUAGGCUCUUUUCGACCAUGUACCGAUAACUGCCCUAUAUGUUGUGUCAGGUUCGAAACGGAGCAUGUAGCACUCACUAGUUGGUGAUACCAAAAAAGAGAAGGGUACCACAAUUAUCUUAAUUUUCAGCUUAGACAUUCAGGAAACUCCCACAUCACAUUGAAUCUUCAAUUAAUUAUUUUGAGACAGAGGUUACGAAUUAACGCAUGGUAGUAACUAAAUAAUAUUCAAAGCUUCUCUGGAUAUAACCGUAUUAGUCGUAUUAGUCCUAUCCCAAACCAAAUAACGGCAAAACUGCUAAUCGUUCAAUGCUGGAUCCCGGUUAACCCUUUAAGGACGAAUGAGACACCGGUGACCCAAAAAUAUAAACUAUUUUUUCGGACUAUUUAGAGAACAAAAUGACUUUCAAAUAAAUUGUUUAAAUAAUAAUAAUAAUAAUUGUUUAAAUAAAAGUCAAAUAAAUUGUUUUUGUUUUUGGGACACCGGUGCCCCACUCGUCCUUAAAGGGUUAAGAUGAAUAUAAAGUAUUAAAGAACUAAAAAUAUACUCGGUUCAAGUUAUUCGAUCGUCACUAUUUUUCUAUGGUUUAUUGAUGGUUGAUAAACCGUAUUUUUUCUAUUGCUUAUCCGGGAUUUGUUGACAAUUUUGCGAUGAUCCCUCAUUAAAUACAACCCCGAUAGUCUCGUCUUUCCCAUUGUACUCAAGAGCCAGGUUUUGAUCCAGGGUACUAAAGAACCUUUCUACCGCAGCUGUGGUCCACAGGAAGGCGCCUUAUAGCAGGGUAAAAUAUAUUGGCAUCCUCCAAAAAUGUGACCACUUCAAUUUCCUUUAAUUUGUCCUUUCAAAAUCUUUUCUUGUUCCACAAAUUAAACUACAAAUCCAUUUCUAGUAUAAUAUCCCUCAAUUUAUAAAAAUCUUCGGAAUAUUUGACGUUUUUUUUCGAAAUUCUCAGAGGAGAGAAUAGGUGCAAAGCAAAAACGAGAGUAUUUUCUUUUGGAAACCUUGCAACUAAAGACGAAGCUGAGGAGUCGAGAUAUAGAAUGAUUAAAGAUCUUCUUCAAUAUUGAAUCGCUUUUUCAGCUAAUUUAUUAUUUCAACUCAUUAAAUUUAAUUUUUUAAUGACAAAGUUAAAUUUUUUAGUCAAAAUUAUUUUUUUGCUAAUUCGUUUUAUGCAUUUAAUUUUUUGUUUGGACGGGACCGACGGGACGUAGGUUUUAUAUCUCGUCCCAGACUCGCUUCUGAUUUUUUAAAAAACUUUCCUCUGAACAUUAAAGACCCAAUUCUAACAUUGGGAAAAGAAAUUUACAAGCUACAUAAGGAUGUCGAAUUCCAAGGACCCCAGAUUUAUACAAUUAAAGAGACUUCCAUAGCCUCUAGUUUUGGUCCUUACUAUACGGUUAACUUGGAAUAUAAAUUCAACUCUUAAAAGUCUUCCGGAAUAGGUCGAACGUGUGAACUUAUUCCAGGAAAUAGCAUCAUGUUAAUCAAAAUCCUGACUGUAAAAAAAUGUCUUCUCAUGGGACGUUUAAAAGCUUGAAGAUGCAUUAAUUGCACUUGUGAUUUUUGCAUCCCUUUUGUAAGAUAAAAAAGCUGAGUCAGUCUAGCCUACAACAGGAGGGAAGAAGAGCUCCUCGUAAUCUGACAGUUUGGCGGCUCGAUAACUGAAAAAAGCCCAUUGCAUGCCAAUCAUUCUAAUUUAGCAAUCUAAUGUCCUAGACAUACUUACACACAGAAAAAUGAAAAAUUCUUAAACAGAAACACCCAGGAAUUUAAUUUCAAAUCCCAUCCAAUGAAUGCAAAUGCCCUAAUUCUAAAUCCUUGAUCAUUUAAUUUUAGUUGCAAUUUGCAAAUCUGUAGACAUUUUUCAUCUUCCAGCUAAUGCAGAACUUAAGUUCCCGAUCUCUUAACUUGAAAUAGCUAGGGAUUCUAGCCCAUUUCUUUCGCUCAGAGCUUCUAAACUUAAACGCCUCGGGGAUUCACGUCCAAUUUACGUUCCCAGGAUCUUAUAUAUUCUUAAAUUUAGAGUCAAAAUUUUUCUGUGUGUACGUCUUAAGUCGAAAGAAGGCUUAACGUAAUUAUAAUGAAAAUAAUGAUUUGAUUAAAUUCCAGUAACUAAGCCGUUUCUCGGCUUAAACCGAGAAACGGAUUAGUCAGAAACUAAUGGAAAACUGAUCUUCUAAUUUAUAUCUUCCAGAGAUUCUGAAACCGGGCAAAAUCUCUAGUCUGAAGGCAACUUUACUUCGCAUCGGUAGAAAAGCUAGUAGCUAGUCAGGCUAGUCAAGCUGAGAUGUUGCUAUAACCUUUUCUUUAAGCUAAAAAUUCUGAAAACUUAGCCUAUUCUCAAUGACAUAUCAGCGUUCGCACCUUAUCACUAGUAAAUAAGAUAUCCAGUUUAUUUUUUCUCGCCCCUUGAUGUUUCUCUCGAUUCAAAGGCCAUUUCAGGCUAGUUCCUGAAUUUACUGAUAUUCUUGAGCCACUUUCUUCAUGCGCUGAAUAUGAUUAUUCUAUCGGAGUUGUGAUCCUCCCAACAGUAAAAAAUCGUUUCUCAGUUCCUCGAGAAUGCCAAUAUUACGCAUUCGACCUUUAUGGGUGAUUCCCUGAAUUACUCGGAGGAAUCUCAUUUUUUCAAGCUGCACUUGCGAUCUCAUUCUUUGAAUCAUAACCCGAAUAUCUUGAUCAUAAGUUUGGAUCAACCGAAAACACCGGUUCGGAAACCGAUAUCCGAAAGAUUAAGCUCAACUUUCAUUACACUGUUAAGAAAUAAAAGGGUCAAAUUGAUCCAAAUGGUAAAAAUGAAAGGAUCACCGAGGAUCCUUUGAAAGUGUCCCUGUUUUGACACUUAUUUACCUCCGGAAUAAACCAACAAAAACAGUGAAAAAGUUAUUUUUGGUGUUCGCUCAGAGGUAUCAGUAAUAAGUUCGUGAUAGAACAAUCUAACGUAAUAAAUUUGCAUACAAAAUUUCAAGUGACGCUACAUAGAAAAAAAUAUUUUGUAAAAAUGUUCGAAAAUGUUUGUGAAUUCCUGUCGGGGAGUUACGAAAUGCUCGUGAAUCGUAUAACCCACAAACAAGUUCGUAAAUAUUUGUACUUUUUUCACAAACAUUGUUCGUAACAUGAUCAUUUGACGAACAUUUUUUGUACUUUUACAAACAUUUGUUCGUAAAUUUUCCUAAAAUGUUCGACAGGAAAAAAAAAACAUUUACGGACAGAUGACAAAAUUGUACGGAUAUUUUUUGUGUGUUUACGAACAUUUACGAACAAAUGUUUGUAAAAGUACAAAAAAUACUCGUCAAGUGAUUAUGUUACGAACAAUGUUUGUGAAAAGGUACAAACUUUUACGAACAUGUUUAUUGCUUAUACGAUUCACGAGCAUUUCGUAACUCCCCCAUAGGAAUUCACAAACAUUUACGAACAUUUUUAUAAAAUAUUUUUUUCUGUUUAGUGAUCCCUUCAAAGAUUCAAAUAUGAUCCAUCCUUUUGAAAAGGAUCGAAUAUCAUCUAAUUUGAUCCUUUAAAUUUUACCAGUGUAUUAUGAAAAGUUUAUUGAAAUGAUAUUGUCCAAGUAUAUGUUUGCAACUCGAUAAUAGAGUAUAUGCCGGCAGGUCGGACGCCUGGGUAUUAGUUUUUUUUUGGAAAUUUUCAGUAUGUAAAAGGCUUAGCAUAAUCAUCCUGUAAAUAUCAAUUUUAUCACUUAUCGCAAAAAUGAUGGGCUCUCCACGGAACUUUUUCACGUUAAAAUCUUCCAUUUGCAUCCCUUUCCAUGCGAUGGACUUUUUGGAGUGAAUGAUAUGGGAAACAUUCGAAAAGUUUUAUGUAAUCAUUACGUAGAUCUAAUUGCCUCAUCUCACUUAUCACAAUUUAGCACUUACGAGGUAAUAUUUUCGCUAUUAAGAAAAGAAGCUCCGUGCUAAAGUGUUAAUAAUUAUUUUGUCUCCUACCAAAAAAGCAAUAACAUUAUCGUCAAUCAUAAAUUAUUUGAUUGGAAAUUGACGAUGAAGGUGAAAUGAAAGGAUAUUAAAAAAAACAAUGACUUAACAUUUAGCGAAAAUGUUCAUGAAAUGCAGUUCUCUGUGAUAUAAAUAUAUACAUUAUUUAAACGAGAAGUAAUUUAAAGUCUAUAAACAAAUUUUAAAAAUGAAAUUCAUUCACGUUAUUUCAAGUGUAAAAUUUAAAGGAUAUAUUAAUUAAAUGCAUUUAAAAAGAAGGAGAAAAAAAAGAUAUUAGUCAUUUAUCGUUACUCAUUGCCAUCUUCCAUUUCACUAUAUUUAGCAGAUUGAAAAAAAAAGAUUAUAUAGCUUUGAAGAAAUGAAAAAAAAAUUAAUCAUAAGCUUAAGAAAGAAACGUACUGCAUUUUAAAGAAUUUAAGAGAAAAUCUUAUAAACACAUUUAAAUACAUACAAUUUUUAUAAGAGUUUGAUAAUUGCGCAUUAAUAUUAAAAACUAAACCAUAAUGUAUUUCUAAAAGGGAAAAGAAUCGUCAGUGAACCGAAAACUUGACAAUUUAUUAUAGUUGAAAAGUAUUAGUUAACUUAAAAAGAAAUUUAAAAAAAAAACGAGAGUGAAGAUUCUUAAAGGUAAGAGAAGGGAGAGAAUUUUCAAAACCACUAGUAAUUUCAAAAUUUUUAAAUGUUUUGUACCUUAUUUUAGACAAUGUUGAGAAACCCAACGUAAAGCUCCAACGUUGCGUUCUUCUAGCAUAUAUAUUAUUGUUUUAUAUCAAUUCACCAUUAAGUCAGACUCAAAUGUAUCAUGUGAAAUGUUUGGACGGCAUAAAAUUUUUGGACCACAGAAAAUCAAUCACAGAAAAAAUUGCAGAAAUAUUAUUUGUCACAGGAAAAGAAGUCUUACUCAAAAUGGUGAAUAAUUGUUAAUACAAUUUUAAAGAGUAAUAUUUGUUUUAAAAUAAAAUGAAACAUAGAUUUAAAAAAAAUCACAUAUUGAAACUACGAUAACGAGAAGAUUUCAUAGUUUACAGGCAAAAUACUAGUUCAAAAAAAUCACAUUUAAAAUUUCGUUGAAGAAAUCAUUGUAAAUAAUUUAUUGUAUCGUUAGAGGACAUGAAGGAUAAAAUCAAAUUCAUCAAUUUAUAAUAUAGGUAGUAAAAAAUUAAAAAAAAAAUCACUCCAUUAUCUCAGUCGAUGUGCAUCAAACAGAUGCUAAAGCGUACAUUUUUGCCUUUUAGACUUUUAUAAGAACAAAUUGAAAAAUAAAUUAAUAUACAUAAUUAAAUAUACAAGAGAUAAAAAAAAACAAAGGAAAUACCUACAUAUACAAGAACCGAGAUGAAACAAACGAAAAAAAAUAUUCAUUCACACUUACAGUUAAAUACUUCUGAAAAAUGCUAUAUAAAACAAUUAAUAAAAUUUACAUUAUAGUAAAGCAAAUAAGUGAAUAAAGAGAAGCAAAUAAACGUGCAUAUUAACACUCAUACGAAAUUACAGGAGUACAACUAUUAUGGAACUCAAAUAAAGUUGUGCUUCAAUAAUUUUGAAAAUGAGCAUAUUCAUUUUCCCUAUUUACAAAAUAUUCAAAUAUAUUUACGAUGAUGAUAGGAAGAAAAAUGGUCACAUUUUUGAAAAAUUCAACCUCAAUAAAUAUUUAAAAUUACAAUUUUUGAUUCAUUAGAAAAAGGUAGAAAUAAUAUAUGCAUCAAAUGUUUAGUAAAACAAAGUAAAUUGUUAAGAAUGAACUUUUUGCCUUUAACUUUGCUUACUAAAUCAUUAUUAUUAAAGUAUUAUAGAGAAAUCUACAUAUAUUUUGUUGCUAUUAUCGGAUGAAAAAUUUUAUCACAAAGUUUAUAAAUGGUUGAAUUCUUCAAAUAUUUAAAGAGAACGCAAUGAAAUAUUUGUUUUAUUUGUAUCAAAUAAUUGGAAACAGUUGAUUUUCAAAAAGACAAUAUUGCAAAUUUACAAUUCACAUUGCAUUUAUUAUAGAGAUAAAUUCAUUAACCUAACAAUGCAAAGCGGAAUAAAUGACACAAACCAAAUUAUUUAUAAAUUGAAAUGUAAUAGAAUGCCAUUCACUGGACAAAACGCAAUAUUGAAGGGUUACUUAUAAGAAAAAGCAUGAAAAUGAACAGUUUUAGAUAAGAUAUAUAAAGAAAACAGUUUAACGUCAUGUCAUCGCUUUUCAAGCCCGUUUUUUAAAGAAAAUAAACUAUAAAAAUCCUUGCAACUCAA